AUGGCUGAACGCUCCCAAGGAUCAGGUUGGAGCGAACGACUUGGGCACAGCGAGGAGUACUGGAGCGAGGAGUACUGGAGCGAGGAGUACUGGAGCGAGUACUGGAACGAGGAGUACUGGAGCGAGGAGUACUGGAGCGAGGAGUACUGGAGCGAAGAGUACUGGAGCGAAGAGUACUGGAGCGAGGAGUACUGGAGCGAGGAGUACUGGAACCAGGAGUACUGGAAUCAGGAUUACUGGAGCGAGGAGUACUGGAGCGAGGAGUACUGGAGGGAGGAGUACUGGAGCGAGGAGUACUGGAGCGAGGAGUACUGGAGCGAGGAGUACUGGAACCAGGAGUACUGGAGCGAGUACUGGAGCGAGGAAUACUGGAGCGAGGAGUACUGGAACCAGGAGUACUGGAACCAGGAGUACUGGAGCGAGGAGUACUGGAACCAGGAGUACUGGAACCAGGAGUACUGGAACCAGGAGUACUGGAGCAAGGAGUACUGGAGCGAGGAGUACUGGAGCGAGGAGUACUGGAGCGAGGAGUACUCGGGCGAGGAGUACUGGAGCGAGGAGUACUGGAGCGAGGAGUACUGGAGCAAGGAGUACUGGAGCGAGGAGUACUGGAACGAGGAGUACUGGAACCAGGAGUACUGGAGCGAGGAGUACUGGAGCGAGGAGUACUGGAGCGAGGAGUACUGGAACCAGGAGUACUGGAGCGAGGAGUACUGGAGCGAGGAGUACUGGAGCGAGGAGUACUGGAACCAGGAGUACUGGAGCGAGGAGUACUGGAGCGAGGAGUACUGGAGUGAGGAGUACAGCACAAGGCACAGCCCAGGCAAGGAGGCGUGGGGGGCUGCCUGCCAAUACCAGAGACAAACAGCCCUCUUGGCCCAGUGGCCUCCUAAUGCUGUGGUCUUGACAAUAUGCUUAAUAGAAGCGCGGAGUGGCUGGUCUAAUGGCCUUGUUAGCAUCGGCUUGUUCCAAGAGGUAUUGCGGGAAGCUAUAGUCCGUGAGCCAUGUACCAAUUGGCUGUAA